GUAGUUUUUGGCAGGGAACCGACUGUCUGCUAUCGUUGCGUUGUCGUGCUAUCCAGCUAGCUACUUAGCUCAAUCAAACCGCAAUACAACCGCUGAAGUGGGGGUCAGGGUCUACAGGUGGCACCAUGUUGGUCCCUAUAUUCACACUGAAGCUGAACCACAAGAUUAACCCUCGCAUGGUGACUGUUGGGAAAUUUGAUGGAGUCCACCCAUGCCUUACUGCAGCCACACAGGCUGGAAAGGUUUUUAUCCAUAACCCUCAUGCUCGUGGUCAAAGACCUGUGGCCCACCGCCUGAGCCACAGCACACAAGACUCUGACAUCUCGCUCCUCAACAUCAACCAGGCAGUCACAUGUCUGACGGCAGGAACGCUAGGACCAAACACCACUGGGGAUACGCUGUUGGUGGGAUCCCAGACCAGCCUACUGGCCUAUGAUGUCCAUGACAACGCUGACAUUUUCUACAGAGAGCUGACGGAUGGAGCCAACGCUAUUGUGUUGGGGAAACUCGGAAACAUCCCAAGACCUCUUGCCAUCAUUGGAGGGAACUGCGCUUUACAAGGUUUUGACUAUGCUGGAAAUGACCAAUUUUGGACAGUGACUGGCGAUAAUGUCAGAUCUGUGGUACUAUGUGACUUCACUGGGGAUGGGAAAAAUGAGCUUCUAGUCGGAUCGGAGGACUUUGACAUCAGAGUAUUCAAAGAGGACGAACUUGUGUCUGAGAUGACUGAGAACGAGACAGUAACGGCGCUGUGCCAUAUGCAUGGCAGCAGGUUCGGCUAUGCCCUGGCCAAUGGCACUGUGGGGGUUUACGACCGCACCGCCCGCUACUGGAGGAUUAAGUCUAAGAAUCAUGCAAUGAGCAUCCAUGCCUUUGACCUGAAUGCUGACGGGGUGGUUGAGCUCAUCACUGGCUGGUCCAAUGGAAAGAUUGAUGCUCGUAGUGACCGCACAGGCGAGGUCAUUUUUAAAGACAACUUUUCCUCUUCUGUGGCCGGGGUGGUGGAGGGAGACUACAGGUUGGAUGGACAGCAACAACUUAUCUGCACCUCCACAGAGGGAGAAGUCCGUGGUUACCUGCCAGCCAGUAAAGAACUUAAAGGGAAUCUGAUGGACUCCAGUGCGGAACAGGACCUCAUUAGAGAGCUCAGCCAACGCAGACAGAAUCUGUUGCUGGAGCUACGCAACUAUGAAGAAAAUGCCAAGGGUGUGUCGGAGACAAACAGUGGGAUGGGUGUCAUACCAGCCAACACUCAGCUCCAGACAGCGCUGUCAGUGAGACCUGCUACAGAUGCUCAGAAAGGUCAUGUAGAGCUCAGCAUUUCAACACCAAAUGAAACCAUCAUUCGUGCAGUGCUAAUCUUCGCGGAGGGGAUAUUUGAGGGAGAGAGUCACGUUGUCCACCCCAGCGCUCAGAACCUGUCGGGCUGUGUCCGAGUCCCCAUUGUCCCCCCAAAAGAUAUACCAGUAGAUCUGCACAUCAAAGCCUUUGUUGGAGGGAAAACUAGCACCCAAUUCCACGUGUUUGAAAUUACUCGUCAGCUACCUCGUUUUUCCAUGUAUGACAUGACAGUUGACUCCUCAGCUGCUCAGCCCACUGGAAGGGUCACCUUCAGCAUCAACGACCGACCACAGAGGGUGGUGAUGUGGCUGAAUCAGAACUUCUUGCUUCCAGAAGGAGUAGACAGCCCGGACAUCACUUUUAAUUCUCUAAGAGGAGAGGGACUGUUGUCUAUCAGUAUGGCGAGCAAUGGACAAAUCACUCUGAGUACCGAUGACAUUGAACUGGCAGGAGAUCUGGUCCAAUCACUUGCCGCCUUCCUGGCAAUAGAGGACUUGUCAGCAGAAGCAGACUUCCCCGGAUACUUUGAGGAGCUACACACUACACUCACUGAGGUGGAUGAGUUCCACUCUGUCCAUCAGAAGUUAACUGCAGCCAUGGCCGACCACUCCAACUACAUCAGGAACAUGCUGGUGCAAGCAGAGGAUGCUCGCCUUAUGGGCGUCAUGACAACGAUGAAGAAGCGCUACAGAGAGCUGUACGACCUGAAUAGGGAUCUGAUCAACGAGUAUAAAAUCCGCUCUAACAACCACAAUGCAUUACUUGCCUGUCUCAAGGCUGUCAACCAGGCCAUACAGCGGGCUGGUAGACUCAGAGUCGGCAAGCCCAAGAACCAAGUGAUCUCUGCCUGCCGAGACGCCAUCAAGAGCAAUAACAUCAACACGCUCUUCAGGAUCAUGAAAGCUGGCACUGCAUCUUCCUGAGGGUGGAAUGGACGAAGAGAUUGAAAGUACAAGCACAACGCACAACUAAUCGGCACUGUAGAGUGGAACCGUAUCUAUUUCAAGCACGGCACCAGCAAAAACCUUCCCCUAGAAGGAUGAGACGACAACACACAAGGACAUGAAACUGUUGUAGUCGUAAUGGAUCAUUGUUGCCUGGCAGCAACAUGUGGUAGUAGCUCCAUAAUACCAUGUUACUGUAUGUGAAGUCUUGAAAUAGGUCACUGAGAUAAAAUGCUGACUCCAGGCUUAGUGCGCUUGAUCGUCUAAGUUAGUGCAGUGAGAGUUCAGCUGGAUCCAAAGAGGGCGUGGAGUGCUUCCCUCAAACUUUCUUUUAAAAGCAUUGCAACAUAUUCUGAGUACAGAGAUGCUGCAGAGCAAUUAGUUUUAACGCAUCGAUCUGACUGCUGUCUAAAACUCAUGCAAAACAAAACCUCUUUUCUCCAGUUCUACUCUCACUGAUGGCAUUUCGAGUGAAAUAUAACGCCCUUUCAGUGGACUAGACGUUGCAUAUUUGUCUAAGAAACUUAUAAACUUCAUGGAAGAAACCAUUUCCACUGAGACACAAGUUUGUAGGAAAAUGUAAGUAUCUGCUGGAUCGGCCCCAUGACUGUUUAGCGGAGCCGACAGAGUGAUGUUUAGAGGGAGCACAGCCGGAGCAGCUCCUCUCAGGUGGAGAGUCAUGCUGCUGAAUCCUGAUAGUUGUGUGGGUUGACGGCUCAGAUGGACUCAGGUCUCCCAGCUGUUGUGCGUUUGUGUGACGUUUGGAGCCAAAGAAAAUUCUUUGAAUGAUGAAUGAUGCAUGUUACAGAGGACCAAUGCUGUCUGUAGAUGGAACACAGAGAUUGUAAAUGUAUAAUUGUGUCCGUGGCAGAAACUAUUAUUAAAUGAUCUUGCAUUUUAAAAGUACGUACUUGAGGUUUCCUUUGAAUCUGAUCUCUGCUGGAUUGUAAAUUACGGUUCAGCCGGGUUGAACAAAGUGUGGCUGCUGACCCACCAAUCCAGAGGGAACAUUACAAUGAACUGGGAACAUGUGGCUUCCAGUGUUUGAACAUGCAUCUGCCAUGCUGUAUAUGCUGCAUAUUGUCCAGGCUCUUCUAUUGUUGUAACAUCAUUUAUUUGUCAAUUAAGCUGUGCCAUUACCUAAAUCCGGCAGAAAUAUUCACUUCGUACUUUCCGCUUUUCCAACCUCAACGUUCCUCCUUUCAGUGUAGUUCUGAUUGGAUGCACACAUGUUCACGAGGCUCUGCUGGUUCAGUACAGACGCAGUCGGUAGUCGUAAAUUACCGCUGCUCGUGCUGCGCGUGCAUGUGCGCUUUCCCGUAAGGUUGACCUAGUAAUACAUAUCUAGCUGGUCUUAAUCGCUGACUUGCUUUUAGCCCCAAACUAGAAACAGACAUGAAUAAUUAUGCAUUCAGAGAUCCACACUCUGCACCUCAUGUAUUCAUCUCCUCUCCUCCUGUCUUUAUCCUCCCGAGUUGCUGUGUUGGCAUCUGGCUUGAAGUCGCUCCGCUCUUUCUUAUGUCACGUGGUCAGGCUGAAGGAUGAAGAUGUUAGGUUCAGGUUCUCCUGGUUUGCUUGUUCAUCUGAAUACUAGCUCAUGAAUUCCAAUAUAUUUGUUAUACUUUGGAUUGACAGACCGGUGGUUUGUUAAGCAAUCAGCGUGGUGAGUGAUACACACCGUGUUAAUGCUCUCUUACCAAUAAUGAUGCCAUUUUUAUUACAUUUAAUUUCCAAUGUGUUUUGUACUCAGGUUAUAUGUAUGGGCGGAUUAUGAAACAGUGGGCCACUGGGGCCAGACAUGCAACAUACCCACCACCUCUCCUAUAGGUGCCACAUACUCAGACAUUGUAGUUGUAUAGCCUUAUUUGUCUCUCUGUUUUGGAUAUUUUAGUGGUGUUUUCUUCUUCUCUGGAUGUUUUGCCAUAUAAUUAAGGUUAUUCAUGGUCAUGUUGUGUGUCUCUCUCGAGCCAAUUUGUGUCUGUGGUUGUUGUUCCCUUUUUUGUGGUCUUUUAGUCUUUUUGCAUUUCGUAAGUGUUGUGUAAUCUCUUAUUGAUAAAUAGAGAGAUAGACACUUUAUUCAUCUAUGUUUGUUGUUGCAGCAAGCAAGCAAAGUGUAUUGAAACAAAUUAUUAAAUAGUUGAGGUCUCUGUG